AUGAUGAGUAACUGGAAAGUAUUAUUCAUUAAUAUCUUUCCUUCCAAUCCGGAAAUUGGUGAAAUUGGUUCUAUUAAAUUAAAUAUAUGGUUAGCUAAUAUAACGGGUGUGCCGAUAAUUGGUCUACAAAAGGAAUCAAACGGUUUAAAAGCGUUAAUUUUGUUGUAUGGCAUUUGUACGAGUUUUUUAGUGACAUUUGCUUAUACUGGUUUUGAAAUUUAUGAUUUGAUUUUGAAUCUAGAUGAUUUGGAUAAAAUAACACAGAAUAUCUGUUUGUCAUUGACACAUGUUACGGGUGCUGUGAAGAUUAUAAAUUUGUUCUUUAGAUACAAAGAUCUGAAAAAGGUUAUAGGCAUGCUAGAGUAUGUUACCAAAACUUAUACCAAAUCGAGCAAACAGCUUGAGACCUUUCAAAACGGUGAACUGGAAAAUAAAAUAGUCUUAUGUAUUUACAUAGGCAUAGUAGGCACUACUGGAUUUUUGGCCAUGAUCGUUCUUUUCAUGCAUCCUGAAUCUGUUGCUGGUGAAAUAUUUCCAUAUCGUGUUAUUCUACCCUCCUGGUUACCACUAUUUUGGCAACUCAUCUAUAUGGGUUUAAGUGUCCUAAUAUUUGCCAUACAAAUUGUGGCCGUUGAUUAUUUAAAUGUAACCAUCAUCAAUCAAAUACGUUUUCAAUUGAAUAUAUUAAAUUUGUCAUUUGAUGAAUUGACCAUUACAAACAAACAGGAUACGAAGGCAUUGGAGGUAUUCAAAGGAGAACCAUUAAAACGUUUGAAUUCCAUAAUCGAACAUCAUUCUUUAUUGAGGGAAAUUCGUCAACGGACAGAGGAUAUAUUCUCGCAACCGGUCUUGCUGCAAUUUUUCACGUCUUUGAUGAUAUUUGCCAUGACCGGUUUUCAGGCCACGGUCAGAACUGGUGGCAGCAAUGGGGCGGUUUUAAUUUACUUUUAUUGUGGCUGCAUCUUUUGUCAACUUUUCGUUUAUUGUUGGUUUGGCAAUGAAGUUUUUGAACAGAGCAAAACUCUAGCCACCAGUGGUUUCAACUCAUCGUGGUAUCUUUUCGAUCGGCGCUAUGGUAAAUCUCUUGUGGUCUUAACCAAUGCCCAACGUCUCAUGUUUACAGCUGGCGGUUUUAUGGGACUUUCUCUGCCAAGUUUUGCCGGUAUUUUGAGUAAAUCGUACUCAUAUAUAGCACUAUUACGUCAAAUAUAUGGAAGAAAAUAA